CUCUCAGCUGCUUCUCUAACUGAAGUCUGUGUGUCUGCGACUACACAUUAAAAACAUUCUGAGGAUACAUUUAUUUCUGAAAAAAAGACACCUGAGCCAAUAAUGAAGUAGGAUGCCUUUACCUGUGCAGGUGUUUAACUUCCAGGGGUCUGUAGAACCGAUGCAGAUCGAUGCAGACCCUCAGGAGGAUCAACAGAACGCUCCAGAUACAAACUACAUCGUGGAGAACCCAACGCUGGACCUGGAGCAGUAUGCGACCAGUUACAGUGGGUUGAUGCGUAUCGAGCGGCUGCAGUUCAUCGCUGAACACUGUCCUCAGCUCAGAGUCGAGUCUUUGAAGAUGGCGCUCACCUUCGUCCAGCGAACGUUUAACGUCGACACGUACGAAGAAAUCCACCGCAAACUGACCGAAGCCACACGAGAAGCUCAGGGUGUUCCUGACACGGUGCCUGAAGGGGGCGUCGUCCCUCCUCCCCUGGACUCAGCCUGGGCCGAGUCCACUCGGAAGAAGGCUUUGCUGAAACUGGAGAAACUGGACACAGACCUGAAGAACUACAAGGGCAACUCCAUCAAAGAGAGCAUCAGGAGGGGCCAUGACGACCUGGGCGAUCACUACCUGGACUGUGGCGACCUCAGUAACGCCCUCAAGUGUUACUCCAGAGCUCGAGAUUACUGCACAAGCGCCAAACACGUCAUCAACAUGUGUCUGAACGUCAUCAAGGUCAGUGUGUACCUGCAGAACUGGUCCCAUGUGCUGAGCUACGUCAACAAAGCAGAGUCCACACCUGAGAUCGCAGAGCAAAGAGGCGAGCGAGACAGCCAGAACCAGGCGGUGCUCACCAAGUUAAAGUGUGCAGCAGGCUUGGCGGAGUUGGCCUCUCGUAAAUAUAAACCAGCUGCUAAAUGUUUCCUGCAGGCGUCCUUUGAUCACUGUGACUGUCCGGAGCUCCUCUCUCCUAGUAAUGUUGCUGUGUACGGAGGUCUCUGUGCGCUUGCCACGUUUGACAGACAGGAACUGCAGCGUAAUGUCAUCUCCAGCAGCUCCUUUAAGUUGUUCCUGGAGCUUGAGCCUCAAAUCAGAGACAUCAUCUUUAAAUUCUACGAGUCAAAGUACGCGUCCUGUCUGAAGCUGCUCGACGAGAUGAAGGAUAACCUGCUGCUGGACAUGUACCUCGCUCCUCAUGUCAAGACUCUGUACAGUCAGAUCAGGAACAGAGCACUCAUCCAGUACUUUAGCCCUUACGUGUCAGCCGACAUGACAAAGAUGGCUCAGGCCUUUAACACAACGGUGGCCGCUCUGGAGGACGAACUGACUCAGCUGAUCCUGGAGGGACUGAUCAACGCCCGCAUAGACUCACACAGCAAGAUCCUGUACGCUCGUGAUGUGGAUCAGAGGAGCACCACGUUUGAGAAGUCUCUUCAGAUGGGCAAAGAGUUUCAGAGACGAGCUAAAGCCAUGAUCCUCCGAGCGGCCGUGCUCAGGAACCAGAUCCACGUCAAGUCCCCCCCCAGAGAGGGGAGUCAGGGGGAGCUGACUCCAGCCAACAGUCAGACCAGGAUGAGCACCAACAUGUGAGGAGGAGUCUGCUGGAGGACCCCCCCCCCCCCCCCCCUCCUCUGUAUUUGUUCACCUGAUGGAACCUUCAAUUAGUCCUGGUUUCAAUAAAAACUCUUACUGAC